AAACUCUCCAUCUCCUUCCUUCUACUCCAUCACACUCCUCUCCAAGACCUCUCGCGGCCUCCCCACAACCCACAAGCACUAGGCUAGCUCAACCACGGGCUGCCUCUUGCCUACCCCCCUCCUCAACAAUUCCCUCUUGAACAAUCUACGGUGCUCCUCCUUAAGAGACAAAACUUGGCAACAAAAAUGAUGCGCUCAUUUUCGUCCCUCGCGCGCGCGGCCGCCUCCAAGCCCGCUGCCUUCCGCGCUGCUGCCCCCGCGUCGCGCCUCCUUGGCGCUGCGCGCGCUCGCGGCUACGCCGUCGCCGCCCCCGCGGUCGGCUCGUACGGCCAGGUCAACGACGGCCCCACGCUCAACUCGCCGUCCGAGCUCGCCCGCCGUAUCUCGGCCCAGGUCCUCCCGCAGCUCGAGAAGCCCGACGUCAAGAAGGUGCUUGUCGUCGGCUCGGGCGGUCUGUCCAUCGGCCAGGCUGGCGAGUUUGACUACUCUGGCUCGCAGGCUAUCAAGGCCCUCCGCGAGAGCAACAUUGACACGGUGCUCAUCAACCCCAACAUUGCCACGAUCCAGACGUCGCACCACCUCGCGAGCGAGAUCUACUUCCUCCCCGUGACGGCCGACUACGUCGCCUACGUGCUUGAGAAGGAGCGCCCCGACGGUAUUCUUCUCACCUUUGGCGGCCAGUCGGCCCUCAACGUCGGUAUCCAGCUCGACAAGAUGGGUGUGCUCGAGCGUCUCGGUGUCCAGGUCCUUGGCACGCCGAUCCGUACCCUCGAGGUCUCGGAGGACCGUGACCUCUUCGUCCAGGCCCUCAACGAGAUUGACAUCCCCGCCGCCCAGUCGACGGCCGUUUCUUCCAUCCAGGACGCCCUCGACGCCGCAAAGGAGAUUGGCUACCCUAUUAUUCUUCGUUCCGCCUUCUCGCUCGGUGGUCUCGGCUCGGGCUUUGCCCACGACGAGGAGGAGCUUCGUAACCUUGCCGCCAAGUCGCUCUCGCUCUCGCCCCAGGUCCUGAUUGAGAAGUCGCUCAAGGGCUGGAAGGAGGUCGAGUACGAGGUCGUCCGUGAUGCCGCCGACAACACCAUCAUCUGCUGCAACAUGGAGAACUUUGACCCUCUCGGCACACACACUGGUGACUCGAUCGUCGUUGCGCCCUCGCAGACCCUCACCGACGACGAGUACCACAUGCUCCGUUCGGCCGCCAUCAAGAUUGUGCGCCACGUCGGUGUUGUCGGCGAGUGCAACGUCCAGUACGCCCUCGACCCCAACAGCCGCGACUACCGUGUCAUUGAGAUGAACGCCCGUCUGUCGCGUUCGUCGGCCCUUGCCUCCAAGGCUACCGGCUACCCUCUUGCCUACACUGCUGCCAAGAUUGCCCUCGGCCACACCCUUCCCGAGCUCCCCAACGCCGUCACCAAGACUACCACUGCGUGCUUCGAGCCCUCGCUCGACUACAUUGUCACCAAGAUCCCCAAGUGGGACCUGGCCAAGUUCCAGCACGUUGACCGCGAUGUUGGCUCGGCCAUGAAGUCGGUCGGUGAGGUCAUGGCCAUUGGUCGUACCUUCGAGGAGUCGCUUCAGAAGGCCAUCCGCCAGGUUGACCCCAACUUCCACGGCUUUGAGGCCUACUGGAAGCCCGAGGACAUGGUCACUGCUCUGACCAACAACAACGACCGUCGUCUGUUCGCCAUCGCCCAUGCCAUGCUCAACCUUGACUACUCGGUCGACUACCUCCACGACCUGACCAAGAUUGACAAGUGGUUCCUCUACAAGCUCGAGAACAUUGUCAACGUGUACAAGUCGCUCCAGAACACGCCCUUUGACAAGCUCGACAAGGAGAUUAUUACCACGGCCAAGAAGACUGGUUUCUCGGACACCCACAUUGCCCAGCUUACCGGCAAGACGGAGAACGAGGUCCGCGCCCUCCGCAAGUCGUUUGGCGUCACUCCCUUCGUCAAGCGUAUCGACACCCUCGCUGCCGAGUUCCCCGCCUACACCAACUACCUCUACACCACCUACAACGCGUCGACCCACGACGUCGAGUUUGACGAGCACGGAACCAUGGUUCUCGGCUCGGGUGUCUACCGUAUUGGUUCGUCGGUCGAGUUCGACUGGUGCGCCGUUACCUGCUCGCGUGCUAUCCGUGGCCUUGGCAAGAAGACCAUCAUGAUCAACUACAACCCCGAGACUGUUUCCACCGACUUCGACGAGGCCGACCGCCUCUACUUUGAGGAGCUUGGCUUUGAGCGUGUCAUGGACAUUUACGAGCUCGAGGCCGCUACUGGUGUCGUUGUUUCGGUCGGUGGCCAGCUGCCCCAGAACAUUGCCCUCCGUCUCAAGAACUCGGGUGUCAGCGUCCUUGGUACCGACCCCGAGCAGAUUGACAACGCCGAGGACCGUCACAAGUUCUCGACCAUCCUCGACUCGAUCGGCGUUGACCAGCCCGCUUGGACCGAGGCCUCGUCGCUCGCUGCCGCCAAGGAGUUUGCCUCUUCCGUUGGCUACCCUGUUCUCAUCCGUCCCUCGUACGUUCUUUCCGGCGCCGCCAUGAACGUUGUUUGGGACGAGGCCGCCCUCGAGCACAACCUCACUGCCGCCACCAACGUUUCGCCCGACCACCCCGUCGUCGUCUCGCAGUUCAUCGACAACGCCCAGGAGAUUGACGUUGACGCCGUUGCCCACAAGGGCAAGCUUCUCGUCCACGCCAUCUCGGAGCACGUGGAGAACGCCGGUGUCCACUCGGGUGAUGCCACCCUUGUCCUCCCUCCCUUCUCGCUGCACGGCAAGGACAUGGGCCGCCUCAAGGUCAUUGCCGAGAAGGUCGCCAAGGCCUUUGACAUCUCGGGUCCCUUCAACAUGCAGAUCAUCCGCAAGCCCCCUGUCGACGGCCAGGACGCCGAGCUCAAGGUUAUCGAGUGCAACCUCCGUGCCUCGCGUUCGUUCCCCUUCGUCUCCAAGGUCCUUGGCCACAACUUUAUCGACACUGCUUCGGCCGCCAUCAUGGACACCAACGUGCCCGAGCCCAUUGACCUGAUGGCCCAGCAGCGCGACUACGUUGCCAUCAAGGUGCCCCAGUUCUCGUGGACCCGUCUUCCCGGUGCCGACCCCUUCCUCGGUGUCGAGAUGGCCUCGACUGGUGAGGUCGCCUCGUUCGGCAAGGACAUUCACGACGCCUACUGGGCUGCUCUCCUGUCGGUCAACGGCAUGAAGCUGCCCAAGCAGGGCUCGGGUAUCCUCCUCGGCGGUGACAUUACCCGCCCCGAGAUGGCCGAGGUUGCCAAGAACCUCAUGCAGCUCGGCUUCUCCCUGUACACCUACGACUCCAAGGUUGAGAAGCACAUCAACGAGCAGCCCUACCUCGGCAUCAAGAAGAUUCUCGUCCCCGUCAAGGACAAGAAGAAGCUUCGUGAGAUUCUCGAGGAGCACGAGAUCCAGACGGUCAUCAACAUGGCCCGCUCGCGUGCUGCCACCACGCUCGACGAGGACUAUGCUGCCCGUCGUGCGGCCGUUGACUUUGGUAUCCCCCUGAUCAACAACCCCAAGCUCGCCGUUCUCUUCACCGAGACGCUCGAGAAGAAGUUCCUCAAGAACAACCCCAUCCCUUACAACGAGGGCCUCAAGCCCUCCGAGGUCGGCUCGUGGCGCGACUUUGUCGGCCCUGCCAGCGACUACUAAUUGUAUCGUCAAGAGAGAAGGAGCAUAGGAGAGAAAUUGCAUUGGAGGCUGCUGCGACACAGUAGCCGGUUGUUUGGGAGCACGCAAUUGCCAUAGAUACAUUAUUCCACUAGCCAUUAUUGCUAUGCAACAGCACUACUGAGA